CAGUCAGCCGUCAGUAGCUAAGUAGAUUUCGCGACACCAAGUCAAGCCCGGACGGCGCGGUCCUCCCCUUAACAAACUCCAAUAUCACAGGGAAAAACUGAACGUUUAAAGAGUGACAUCAUUGCAAUCGGAAAUGGAUUGGCCAGAUAUUUGUGGUGAUCGCCUGGCUGGAUAAGAGAUGCAAUUUAUGACGGAAUUUCGAAGCAAAAAUGUCCGACGACAGUUGAAUACUAAUUCUGUGCCAAGAAGAUGAAAUCACGAAAAAAUACAACUACGUAAUUAAAACAACAACUACAAAAGCAACAAGAUGGUGCUAAAAUUAUCAUGCUAAAGUGUUUGCUCUCUCGCUGGGCCUGUAAAAGUAUGUGUUGUCAGUCGAACGUACGCGGUUUGUAAAUAAGCGUUUUGAUUACGAUUUUGAAAACAAACCAAAAAAGAUCAACGAAGUUCGGCCAUGAGACGCCCAUCUUUAAUCAGCUGGAUGGUGGUGAUACACAUGGCAGCAUCAUGUUGUGGCGAUGCUACAGCGGAAUACAUCAAGAAGCCUACAAUACUUCCCACCAAUGGAUUAUUCCUUCAACCUGGUGAGACCGGCAAGUUGAUCUGCCAGGUCAACGUGACCGCGGACAUGCGGUUCGACAUGUGGUGGGAAAGCAAGGACAACACACGGAUUCAACCCAGUUCGAGGAUCACGUUUGGUCCCGUGACGGAAACUCUGGAUGCAACCAAUCUACAGCGCAAAAUUGGUCAAAUAGAGCUGACGAUCGCUUCCGUUGAGCAGAACGAAACCGGUGAAAAGUACAAAUGCCGAGUUCGGAACCUGGAGGAGGAGAAUCAAACCAACUAUCGUUCCGUUGAGAUUACCGUGGGGAACGAGAUCCGGUACGAGAGUCCGCCAAAAAUAAACGUAACCGCGGGUAAACGAUCGCUUCGAAUCGAUAUCAAGUAUCGAUCCUUUGCCCAACCAGUGUUUUACUGGACCAAAGAUGAUAGUGACUUGCCGUUGCGGUCCGGAUCGAAGUACACUUUUAGCGAGAGCGAGUUCAAGACAACGCUCACGGUGAGCAAUCCCGCCGUUGAAGAUGCUGGAAGUUACGUUCUGCAUGGCGAUAAUGGUGCUGUCAAGCGCAAUCUUAGCGUUAGGGUAUUCGUAAGAGGGAAACCAAGUCUAACCAUGGAUCCAGUCUACGUGAAGCCGUCGGAGCAAGCAACCUUUACCUGUACCUGCGUCGGAUAUCCCAAGCCGACGAUGAACUUUGCCUUUUUUGCUUGCGACGACGUGCCGUGGACCAACUGUUCCAAAACGGUCCAGCGAAGUCAGGUCGAUCAAUUUGGAACGCGAACUUCAAACACCAAGGAAUACGUGACGAUCGAGCAGUUUGCAAUCCCCAACGCAACCACCGCGGGAUACGUCGUGUGCGCAGCUGAAAACAGUGAGGGAUCGGCAAUGGUCCAGGCGGAUCUUUUAAUUGGUGAUCUUCGGGAACCGGUGGUUAUUCGAAGAACUUCCCCUGAGUUUGAAGUGGUUUUAGGGGAUCGCGUAGCGAUCGUAUGCGCUGCAUCCGUGUACAAGCAUACAAACGAGAUCGAGUUCCUCUGGAACGGUAGCUUGGUUAAAGAGAGCGAAGAGAUUACAUUCCAGGAUUCGUACGAGAACUACGCUCAUGUGCGGAAGCUUGUAUUGGACAAAGCUUUGAAAUUGCAUGCAGGUGUACUGAAAUGCCGUACGAAGACGAUCGAGUCCAAUGUGGUUGAAAGCAAGGAGAUUCAGCUGGAGAUUUUUGAACCAAUGAAACCAAAGAUCUUCGGAGAAAGUGAUCACGGAGAGAUCACGCAGAGUUCCGGUGAAGCAUGUCAGCUGGACUGCUACUCAAAGGGAAUCCCAAAGCCAACGAUCGAGUGGCUAAAGAACGACGAACCUAUCGAGAAUGACACCAGGGUGCACGUGAUCAACGGAACCACACUCUACUUCACAUACCUGAAAAGGGAAGACUCCGGACAGUACCGUUGCCGGGUUCGAAACCGAGAAGGUCAAGCGGAGAAAGGCUGGACCUUAACUGUCACCGGGGAUAUCGUAGAAAAGACGUGGAUCUACGCGGGACUGGCGAUGCUGAUCGCGCUAAUCCUCAUCGUAGUCCUGAUCACGUCGUUUUACUGCAAGAAGAAGCAGGAGGUCGCGGCCAUGCGAAAAGCCGGACUGGUCAGCUUCGCCGAAGGUUACAAGGGUCAACUGAAUCCGGGACUACCGCUAGGCCAGCAGACUGAUCUGCUCCCGUACGACAGCCGGUACGAGUUUCCCGCGGAGAAGCUCAAACUGGGCAAGACGCUGGGAUGUGGAGCGUUUGGAGUGGUCAUGAUGGCCACCGCUCAGGGGUUGGUGCCGGACGAGAAGGAUAGCACGGUGGCGGUAAAGAUGGUUCGCAAGCAGACGGAUAACGUCGUGAUGCGAGCGCUGAUAUCGGAGCUGAAGAUCAUGAUCCACCUGGGACCGCAUCCGAACGUGGUGAAUUUGUUGGGAGCGAUUACGAAGAAUGUCGUCAAAAGAGAACUGAUGGUGAUCGUGGAGUACUGUCCGUACGGGAAUCUACAGGACUACUUGAUGAAGUAUCGUAGAAGAUUUGUAGAUCAGUUCUCGGAAAUCGAUGGCAGUUUGGACUAUCGUUGGCCAAGUAAUGUAUCCACCGUCAGCAGCCAAUAUGUUAACGAUUCCAACAACAACACGGGUUCGGAGAUCAGCAGUAACCCGACCAAUUCCACCUACAUCUGCAACAACAGCAACUACAUCACACAACCUGGCAGUGACUUCAACAAACCGCUGGGUCACAUCAACCGCGCCAUGAUCCGGGACGACGAUCCCAACCAAACUACCGUAACGACCACGGACCUCAUCUCCUGGUCAGCCCAGAUCGCCUGUGGCAUGGAAUACCUCGCGCAUCGACUAGUGAUCCACGGCGAUCUAGCCGCGCGAAAUAUCUUGCUGGGCGAAAACAACGUGGUCAAAAUCUGCGACUUUGGACUAGCGCGAUCGAUCUACCACCGAAACGAUCACUACCGGAAGAAGGGCAGCGACCCAUUGCCGUUCAAGUGGCUUGCGCUCGAGUGUAUCGAUCACGCGGACUUUAGCACCAAAUCGGACGUAUGGUCGUACGGGAUCCUCCUUUGGGAGCUGUUCUCACUGGCUACCAACCCCUACCCGGGCAUGGAGAUCAGCAAGGAUCUAGUGGACAAACUAAGGUUAGGUUAUCGAAUGGAAAAACCUCCGUACGCCAACAACGCCAUCUACGAGAUUAUGCGACAAUGCUGGAAGGAGCGUCCGACGUCCCGUCCGACAUUCUGGGAACUGAAGGCCAUCUUCAGCAACAUGCUCCCAGAUCACCUGCGCAAUCCAACCGAACUGAACGACCUAAACCAACCGUACCUGAUCGCCAACAACGUUCAAGGUGGGCCAAACUACGUAAUGAACGUGAAACCACCGCCGCAAGUGGCUCCUCCGGUGUCGCAAGCGUACAUGAACAUGAAGGGUUCUACGGUGGCGCAGGAGCCGGAGGUGAUCUCGAUGGUACCCCUUGAACAGCAGAUCAAGGUCGGCGAGUCGAUCGUUGUGGAAGAACUGGGCGGCGUAUCGCCGCGCAGUGCCGUCAGUAAUCCUAGCUACGUGUCGGCGGUGAAUGUGAAGAGUUUGUAAUAAAGUUUAGUUUUUAAGAAUAAAGAGAU